CUCUUACGUUUGUCGUUUUUCCAAGAGAUAUUAGUAUUUUUCAUUUCUCUCUCUCUGUUUUUUUGCCUAAUCUAUGUUUCUUUUUUGGUGGUAGAAUCAAGAAACCGCUUAAAGAAGAUGGUGAGUGAAGGAGGAUCACUUAAUCUUUGCUUUGAGAAGAUGAAGAUGGGAGGACUCGUGAUCACCGAGUGGAAAGAUAUCCCUGUUGAGCUUCUGAUGAGGAUCCUUAACCUUGUUGAUGAUCGUACGGUCAUCACUGCUUCUGGUGUUUGCACUGGCUGGAGAGAUGCCAUCUCCUUUGGUCUCAGUCAUCUCUCCCUCUCAUGGUGCAAGAAGAACAUGAACAGUUUGGUUCUGUCUCUAGCUCCAAAACUCUUCAAGCUUCAGACAUUAGUACUAAGACAAGACAAACCACAACUCGAAGACAACGCAUUGGAAGCCAUAGCGAAUCACUGUCACGAGCUACAAGAUCUUGACCUUAGCAAAAGCUUGAAACUCACUGACCACUCCCUCUAUUCUCUAGCGCACGGUUGCACUAACCUCACUAAACUCAACCUUAGCGGCUGCAGUUCAUUCAGCGACACUGCUUUGGCCUAUCUGACUAGGUUUUGUAGGAAGCUCAAAGUUCUGAAUCUUUGUGGUUGUGUGGAAGCUGUAUCUGACAAUGCAUUGCAGGCUAUUGGAGAGAACUGUAGUCAAAUGCAGUCACUGAACUUGGGAUGGUGUGAGAAUAUAAGCGAUGAUGGUGUCAUGAGUUUAGCUUAUGGUUGUCCUGAUCUAAUAAGCCUUGAUCUCUGUGGCUGUGUGCUUAUUACAGAUGAGAGUGUGGUGGCUUUAGCGAAUCGUUGUGUACACUUGAGGUCAUUGGGGCUAUACUAUUGCAGAAACAUAACAGACAGGGCCAUGUACUCGUUAGCUCAAAGCGGAGUGAAGAACAAGCACGAGAUGUGGAGAUCAGUUAAGAAAGGCAAAUUUGAUGAAGAAGGACUAAGAAGCCUUAACAUUAGCCAAUGCACUUACCUCACACCUUCAGCGGUUCAAGCGGUCUGUGAUACAUUCCCUGCGCUCCACACUUGUUCAGGCAGGCAUUCACUUGUCAUGAGUGGUUGUCUGAACUUAACAUCGGUUCACUGUGCUUGCAUCCUCCAAGCUCACCGCACUCACACCCACUCUGCUUUACCUCACCCGGCUCAUUGAACUAGUGUUAAAGACAGGAGAGGUCUAUCUCUCUUUCCCUUGGCAUGUGUGUACAUGCAAGCGUAGAGGUUACAUAAAUAAAAGCUUGUUUGUUUGAGUUUUUUCUUCCAGUCUUUGACCAUGCUAGUAACCUUGAACUGGUUACAAUGUAAAUUAUCUUCAAGUUCUAACAAAUAUAUUAAAGAGGUAAGGGAGGUUGAUGUUUCAG